CAGAGAGUGUAAGCAAGGCAUAGGACCACCAUACCUCUGAGAAAUUUCUCAAUAAGCCAGAGAGAGGCAGGCCGAGGUCAGUUCAUCAGUGUGUGUCACAUUGAACGCUGUUCUAAAUAGGUAUCGUGGUUUGUUUUUGCGAGACUAUAUAUCAAACAAUGAAACUCAAAUCGGAACUAAUGAUACAGCCAUCGGGCGAGGUGUGGCAGAAAAUAAGAGCAGAGCUAAAAGAGGAUGUCAAUACCAGAGACAAAGAUCUAGCUACUAUUAAGGAAUGGUUGCGAAAACAACCACAUUUACCCGACCAAUGGGAGGAUAACCCCUUAAUGACGUUCCUUCGUGGCAGCAGUUUUUCAUUAGAAAAAUGCAAGAGGAAACUUGACAUGUACUUUACUAUGAGGGCCGCCUGUCCAGAGUUCUUUACGAACAGAGAUGCCACUAGCCCAGUCUUACGCGACGUUCUGCGCUCAAAGCUCCAAGGUCCACCACUACCGGGAGUCACGCCGAAUGGGAGACGUGUCACAAUAUGCAGAGGUCUUGACUCCAGCCUCUCUCCCCAGCAAGUAACAGACACCCUCAAGUUGGCUCUUAUGAUAGGAGACGUGCGGCUGAUGGAAGAGACCGAAGGUGUCGCUGGAGACAUUUAUGUCUUGGAUGGAGCUGUCCUAGGACCGAGCUUGUUGGCAAAACUUGCACCUUCUACUGUUAAGAAGUUCAUGAUUUGUGUUCAAGAAGCCUAUCCAGUCAAAUUAAAGGAGAUUCACAUCAUUAACACCUCACCGAUCGUUGAACGAUUCGUCACAUUCGUGAAACCUUUCCUAAAAGAAAAAAUAAGGAAACGUAUUUUUAUUCAUAGAGACUUAAAAGAUCUCUACAAAUAUAUACCGCAAGAGAUGUUGCCCAUAGAGUAUGGAGGACAAUGUGAAACAAUGAAUUCUUUACAAGACAAAUGGACACAAAAGCUGGUGGAGUACCGAGAAUGGUUCAAGGCUCAAGAUGCCCUGAUCGCAAAUGAAAGCCUACGUGCCGGGAAACCUACCAACUACGAUGAACUGUUCGGCAUAGAUGGUUCCUUCCGUCAACUAGCGAUUGACUGAUUGUCAUAUUAUCAAACUGGACACCCGAGAACUUGAAGUUGAACUGGCUCUUGUCAAAUCCAAAAAUAUUAUCUUAAAUAACGUCAAUUUUAUGACAACCUGUUCGAUAUAGUUCUGACUGGGCCCUGGGCUGUCUUAAUUUUAUGCCAAUUAUUACUGCAUGUCGCAGAUUUGUGUUUUAAACCAUGACUUUUUCUGGAGGUGCUAAGUUGUAUUCGUAGAUAAAUAAAAUUAAUGUUAAAUCCGUGAAACAGAACAUUCUAUCACAAAGUAUUCCUAAACACUGAUUUUGCAUUUAAAGGGGACUUAACAUUUGCUGUAAUUAUGUAUUUGUAUACUGAGCAAGGGUACGCCGGAAGAGCCAUACUACACUUGCUUUAUAUAAAGAUAAAUAAUGACGACUUUUCUUAAUUAAUUUAAAAAAUUGCAAUUUACAGUCAUCCUCCAAUGAGGGGCAGGGAUAAUCUUGAGGAAUGUAGGCAAUCGAUCUUUUGUGCCUAUCUUCGAAAAUAAUUAUUAUUUUCCCGGUAAUUGAACUUCAAACCUCUGGCUUAGACGGCAUAUGUAAUCCAUCUUCUUCAAAUCAAAGACUAUAACGUUUUAUAAAAGAGGUUUUUAACGUUAUUACAUUUGCAUUACGAAUAUAUAAUUGAGUAAACGAUUUUGGGGAGCUGAAUACUUCGGAAAUAAUUUUAGUUAACGUAACUAGUUUCAAUUUAUUCUAGUAGUAAGUAGGUUACCUAAAACAGAUAAGCACCAACAAAGGUAAUCAAUAGUUUACGUAAUAUUUAGAUAAUGACAUUACAUUUUUAUAUACAUGCUUUAAUUACUUUUUAAUUUAAGGAUAUAAAAAAAAUUUAUGCAAAUUAUAACUAAUUUUAGCUUUUCGUAUUCAUUUCUUUAUCUAGAAAAUACAAUUUUAUGUUAUUAACUGUGCUGAUUGCUUAAUCUAAAAAAUUCCAAGUUACACGUUAGUCUUGUACAAUGCAUGAUUCCUUGCUUUCUGUUCUCUUCUCUCCGUCUGCUUUAGUACUUUCUCCAAAUGUAUCAUAAUUAUGAUUGCACAGAAAAUGCUUAUAAAUAUUAUUGUAAAGCGAAUUUAGUGUCACACUAGAAUUGUUGAAUAAAAAGUGAUAAUGAGUAUGACGCAAUUAUCUUCUAUUAAA